AUGAGGAAUUCAAGCUGCUUUGAGCUGAAGAAACGAAAAGUUAAUGCACCAUUAGUUGUUGAGACAAACGUGUAUUGUACAUAUAUUUUGUACACGUGUGGUUAUGGUUUGCACUUAGUUGUACAAAUGGAUUUACAGAUUGAGAUACCUCAUCCGGUGAUAGUGCCGGUGCCGCAGCCCUAUCCCGUUAGGGUUCCGAUACCAAAACCGGUUGCCGUACCGGUUAUACAGGAGCUAACCGUACCGGUUGAGAAGCCGAUGCCGUAUCCGGUCAUCAAAAAGGUUCCUUAUAUCGUAGAGAGGCCCGUUCCCGUACCUGUUGAAAAACAGGUUCGUUUUAUAUAA